AUACAAAAUUAAAAUUUAAUUUUUAUAUUCUGCUAUGUCAUACAUUUUGUUUACCGCCCUCGUAUAUAUUUGUGCUUUUUGGCCAGAAUAUUAAAAAUAUUUCGAGAUGUUCUCAGUUGUGUCUAAGGCUUUUGUAAUGGCACACGCAUUCGAUGCGCUUCAUCAGACUUGAACGUUCAUAUAGUACAUAAAUUUGGAAUAAGCGACAAGAAUGCAGUUGAUAAGCGUUGUAGGCAUUUUAUUGCUAUUAUGUUCGAAAAUUCAUCUAUACAAUGCCACCCAAGCGGACAAUAAUACAACGAAUGUGUUGAUCAAAUCUGAGCUCAGUGACGAUAUUGAUGAUGACUAUACUGAUUACGUGGAUGAGAAUGAAGUUAGCAAGCAAACACGGCAACGCAACCAGAGCGCAUUUGACAGAGUGGGCACUUUUUACUCCUGGGACCGUUGGGAGAAGUGGAGUAAGUGUUCCACUACUUGUGUGCAAAUUAAGCAACGGAAGUGCUUAGAGCGCUUCAAAAACUCGACCAUGGAGAGCACAGUGGAGAGGCGUUUCUACCCCGGCUAUGGUCAAAGUGGAUGUAGUGGAGUGCUGAAGCGUUAUCGCCAAUGCAAGGAGGAACGCUGCAAACCGGGAAAACAGCGAUUGCGCGAUGAACAAUGCGAAAAAUUUAAUAACAUGCCAUAUCGUGAGACUUUCUAUAAUUGGGUCGGAUAUGAGAAAGAACACGACGAGUGCAUGUUGUUCUGCCGCGCGGCUAACUCUGAUUUAUUCAUUAGUAUGAACCAAUCGGUCACCGAUGGCACGCCGUGCAACCGUCCGGCCGUAUACUAUACUCACUUCUACAGACGGCAGGCUGUGUGUGUGGAGGGUAUUUGUCGGGCGGUGCACAGCAGCGGGUUAAUACGUCCUGUUACGACGCGUGAUAGCCAAGUGAAAUGUGGUUCGGUAAUGUGCAAACAUGUCUCUGUACUGUUCAACAAAACGAAUCCAACAAAGGGAUAUAAUUACAUUACGAAACUACCAGUUGGAGCAAUGAAUCUAUCGAUUAGGCAAAAUAUACAAAGCAAUAAUUCAUUGGCUUUGAAAACUGCCGAGGAAGUCUUGCUCAUACCAAGAAAUCAGUUAAAGAUAUUCAACUUUAAUGAUAAUGCUUACGAAUAUAAUAAGCUAAAUGCUUUGCUUACAUCAAGAGGUCCGCUCGCCAAGGCUGUGAUUCUGAUGCACUUCGUGGUUGACAUUCAGAGUGAGGUGAAUGAUAUUCAGUGUAAUUAUACCAUACCCAUAGCCUCUUCCACUGUCAACGAAGGAGAGGAACUGCAGGCUAUCUGGGAUGAGUCGGGUAAGCUCAUUAAUGAUACCGAUGCCAGCUAUGCGCAGCGCAUUAAGGAACGAAAACGUCGCCGAUUUAGUUGGAAAUUGUUGGGUUUCGGUGAAUGUAAUCGCAGCUGUGGUCCGGGCACCCAAACACCCAUAUUCCGCUGUGUGUUAAUGCGGGAAUCCUUAAUCCGAUAUUAUUCGCCACGUCGCUGCGCCUACAUAGAAAAGCCGACUUUCAAUGACGACAUCUACAACUGCAAUCGUGGCCUCUGUCCGGCCUUUUGGCGUCCGAGCAACUUCAGUAAAUGCGAAUGUCCGCAUGGGAGUUCCAAUGGACUGCGCAGUCGACAAUUUGAGUGCAUGCAGGAGCAAAUAAAGGGCAAUGUUGAGCUAGUGCCAGACACACUGUGUCCUGUCAGAGAGAAUCAAUGGGAGUCCUGCCAUUGCCAAAGUAAAAACCAAAAAGAAUAGUCAUUUCAAUCUGUGUGCUCAGGCUUAGGCAAUGUUUUGUGAGCUAACUAUGCCUAGCGUGAAUUGUCUUUAAUGUAUUACGCAGAAGUCAAAGAAGCGGGUCAAUAAAGACGAUUAUCCAUUUAAAAUCUAUGACUUCGUAGU